AGUUCGAGGCGGCGCAGCCUCUGCAGUGUCUGCGGGACAUUGUCUCCACGGUGCGGCUGUUCUCCAGAAACACCUCUGCGGCCUCAGCGGUUCCGAGCACAGCCGGCCUCCCUGCACCGCUCCCCCGCGUCAACAGUUCCAUUCAUCCCGCUGCCUGGCACUGAGGCGUGUGCGCUCUGCGGCUGCUGGCAUCACCAUCCAUGUUCGGUCAAUGAGGAUAGAGGCUUGUUUACUGUGCAUCAUCUGAGCCGAGCAGACGUGUGACUGGCACCAUGAGCAGCACCGUGUUUCAGCAGCAGGCUGUCCACAGCCCUCUGGAGCAGAAGAAGCAGAAGCAUGGCGGAGGAGGAGGGGGACCGAUCCCCUGUCAGAACUGUGGGAAGCCCUGCAAAGGGGAGGCACUGCGAGUUCAGAACAAACACUUCCACAUCAAGUGCUUCGCCUGUAAAGUGUGUGGAAGCGAGCUGGCCCAGGGGGGCUUCUUCGUGCGGCAGGGCGAGUACAUCUGUACCCUGGACUACCAGCGACUGUACGGGACUCGCUGCUUCGGCUGUCAGGACUUCAUCGAGGGGGAAGUGGUGUCUGCCCUGGGCAAGACCUACCACCCCCGCUGCUUUGUCUGCGCCUCCUGCAAACAGCCAUUCCCGGCCGGCGACCGAGUGACAUUUAACGGGAAGGAGUGCAUCUGCCAAAAGUGUACCGAGCCUCUGCCUGCCAACAGCCCUGCACCCAUACAGGCUGUCCACAAUUGCUGCGGCUGUGGGAAGGAGUUUAAGAACGAACAGUCUCUCGUAGCUCUGGAAAAGCACUGGCACCUGGGCUGCUUCAAGUGUAAAGUCUGCAACAAGGUGCUCAACGCAGAGUACAUCAGCAAGGAUGGCAUCCCCUACUGUGAGAUGGACUACCAUGCCAUGUUCGGCAUCCAGUGCGAGAGCUGCAAGAAUUACAUCACCGGGAAAGUCCUGGAGGCUGGAGAGAAGCAUUACCACCCCUCGUGUGCUCGCUGUGCCCGCUGCGAGCAGAUGUUUGCAGAGGGAGAAGAAAUGUAUCUGCAAGGAUCGGCUAUCUGGCAUCCCCCAUGCAGACAAGCAGCCAAGCUGGAGGAGAAGGGCAAGAAGCAGGUGCGGAUACAGCUCAAUGACAUCCCUGAGCAGCAGGUGACCCGGACUUCAUCUGAGAGCAUCACCUCAGUCCCAGCAUCCAGCGCCUCGGGCUCGCCCAGCAGAGUCAUAUAUGCUAAACUAGGAGAGGAGACGCUCGACUACAAGGACCUGGCGGCUCUUCCAAAGACCAAGGCCAUUUAUAACAUAGACAGGCCUGACAUGCUGUCCUACUCUCCAUAUGUCAGCUACCCAUCUGAGGAGAGGCACUACGGAGAGUCCCCCCAGCUCCUUUCUCCUACUCCUACUGAGGGUGAUGGGGAGAAGUCCCCCCGUCAGAGGAGGCCCUCCAGCCCCAGCUCCACCAGCUCCCUGGGAGGCUACGGACGCUACACCCCAUCCCGUUCCCCCCAAAAUUACAGCAGACCAGGGCCAGAGUUAUACCUUGCCGGUAAAUACAGCAACCAGGCCCGUGACUCCAGUUCUCUUCCUUUGCCCCAAAACCUCAUGGGUGGCAUGAAGUACCCUUCCACUUUGGCCAGGGACUCAUCCCCCCUCCCUGUGCACUAUUCUGGUGGGGCGGAAGGGAGUGGAGGUGGUGGGGGUGGCCAGUACUCACCCACACAAGCAGGUGGCAGUGCAGGCUUGUCUUUACACCUAAACCCAACCACCCUGGCCAUGCUACAGCAGCACAACUUCAUCCCGUUCUUCAGAGGUAGUGAAAGUGGUCGGAGUACCCCCAGCUUAUCCACCUAUUCUGAUGGCAAAUCUCCCUCAUCCACUUCUACAUACAUGGCUGCUCCCCGGCAUUUCCACAUACCAGAGACUAUGGUCAAAGAUAAUAUCUAUAGAAAACCCCCCAUCUACAGACAGCAUGCUUCUAGAACAUCCUGGCAGGAUGGGGAGGAUGGCAAGAGGACCAGCUGGAUGAUCCUGAAGAGUGAGAUCGAUGGACACAUGGGUCCAGAAGACCUGGACCCCAGCAAGUCCACCUGCAGCCUGCCCACUGAUACCUCCCAGCCAAAUUUCCCCUACAAUAAGUCUGCAUCUUUACCCGGAUAUGGUAGGAACGGCAUUUACAAGGCUGCUGACAUGGUGGAGGAUGAAGUGGACCCGGACUCCCACAGCUGGGGAGGCAUGAGAGAGUACAAGGUCUACCCUUAUGAAAUCCUGGCAGUGACGCAUAGAGUGAAAGUGAAGCUUCCCAGAGACGUCGAUCGCACCAGACUGGAGAGACACCUUUCUCCUGAGGACUUCAAGCAGGUUUUCGGGAUGACCCUGGAUCAGUUCGACCGCAUGGCCCUGUGGAAGAAGAACGACCUGAAGAAGAGGGCACGCCUUUUUUAGACAGACACACGAAUAAAAAAGAAAAGGAAAUAAAAAAAUACACCGAGCAACAUCUCAACAGCCAUCCGUCCUGUCUGGAAGGAAGCAGAAAGAGGAUAAAAAAAAACAACCCAUUUGAAAUAUCUAUAUAUGCGCCUCCAUGAUGCUCCGACUGUCCACCUGUAAAACACCAUGCCAUCUGCCUGUGACGCCACUGAGAGGCUCGUCUUACAUUGACGCAGUGUCUAUAGCUUUUUGUAUGCGAUGUGGUCUGAAUGUUCGACUGACAGCCCCGCGGACGAGGACGAGGAGCUGCGUUUGCAUGGCCUGUGUUGAUGCUCCUCGCCUCCCAUGUGGUUUCUGCAUCCCUUCCCCCCCACACCCUCUCCUGGCGAUCCCGAUGCUUUUCAUACACCCUGGCAAAAAUAACAGCUUUUUCUAAUUCUUGUGCAGACCUUCCUCCAGGUUUUCCGUGGUUCUGACUGUUUUAUGUGCGCCUUCUCCUGACUCUGUCGGUCUUGACUUAUCUCCCUGUUUUCAUCUGGAGUUUUUCCUCCACAGCGAUUUUGUUUUCCCGAAGUGAGGGUUUAUCAUCUUGUCUGUGUGUGUAUCUUCUGCCUUCUCUCUCUCUCGCUGUCUCACCAUCAUUUUAAGUUGUUCUCCCUUGCACCGACUGACUGUUACCUUGUCGAUCAAGUUCAUCUCGACACCCUCGCCAUCACUUCAGGACAAUGAGGACUGACAGGCUUGUGCACGCUCACUAUUUGAGCAUGUCAAGGCCAAAGCCAGGGAUAAGAAACAACAUUGGCUUCUCUUUCUGUUUUUAUCUUAUCAUCAGCUUUUGUUUUUCAAUCUCCCUUCAUGUUGCAUUGAGUCAGAGAAGUUGGGAAAGCCUGGUCGGGUAGUUUUGAUAUGUGUGCCCUGAUCCGUUUGAAUGCGGCCCCAUAUCUUGCGUAAGCCUCUCGUAAAUCAGCGGUGAUAGCGAGAGCCAGGGCGGGAGAGGGGCCACAACAUGGCAGUAAAUCACAGAUAGAAGGGGGCGGGAGUGAAAAGAGGAGGAGAAAAACUACAGUAUAGGAAGAUUCAGGCGAUACAAAGGUGUCAAACAUGCAGCAUCGCCAGAUUGGCAUGCACUCACAUAAAAGACAAAAAGAAAUUAUUUUUAUAAGCUAUUUUUGACUUCUGGAAAGAAUCAUGAGAUACAGCUGAGAGAAAUCAUGAUUUUGUUACAAGGAAAAGAAGAAAAAAAAGAAAAAGGCCACGCUGACUUUGUUAAGCUUCACCGACCUGCAGCAGCACUUACGCAAAACAAGUGAGGUCUUGCUUGAAUUAAAACUCAAUAUUAUAACUGUGUUAUAUCUCCUCAAAUAGAGAGCUAACUCUUUAUAUGUUUGUCGUUUUAAAGCAUUGUUGCGUACAGUAAAACAACGCUACACAUGUAAAAGCUGAAGUCUGUCGGCUUUGCUUGAUUUUUCUGGACCAUAAAUCGAUCGAUUUGCCACCUGACAUACUGUAAAAUGUAUGUGAACAUGUACUGGACAUAUACCAGAUAUAUUUGUCUGUAUGCAAUCCAUGGUGUAUAACUCUUCAAGGCAUGCAUGAGGAUGCGGGAAAUGGGGGUUUUGUCCACUGACCUCAGAUUAGAAACGUGUGAAAACAUUAUCAUCAAUGUGGUUUGAGUGAUUGAUUAUUUUCUGGUUAAACUACGUCAAAUGAAAUGCCUGGGUCAGUUGCUUACAUUAGCUUGUGUUAUAGGUAUUUAUUUAAUUGCCAUUUUUAAGGAAGGGAUUUUAUUUUUUAAAUCAUAAGAGUGUCGUGUGGAAUGAGUAGCAUCACCGAGGAGAGCGCUUUCGAAGAGAAACAUAUCAGAAUAUGAGUUUCAUUUUAAAAGAGUGUCAAAUCACAUUUUACCUUGCUCCUGUAAGUAACACACUAACUUGUUGUCAUAAAGCAUCAUGUCCUCUUUCUAAUAUUCAUCUGCUAUUAAAGUGCUUUAUCCAAAAGUCA